AUGGUUAAACUACAACGUGUUCAACGUCCUAAAACUCAACGCGGUAAACGUGCGUUAAAAGAACGCGAACCGAAACUAAUUGAAAAUCCUCGUUCGCUAUUGUGCAUUCGAGGUAACAAAACGAGUAACAUCAUGAAAAUUCUCUUGAGAAAUCUUCACUUACUCAAAUCGCCUCACUCAACAAUGUAUCAGCGAAAUAAUACGGACAUUACUCCAUUUGAAAACACCAGUAAACUGGAAUGGUACUGUCAAAAAUCGGAUUGUUCAUUAUUCGCUUAUGUGACCCAUAGCAAAAAACGACCGAACAAUCUCGUUUUAGCACGUUUACACAAUCAUAUCGUUUUGGACAUGUUUGAAUUUGAACUAAACCAACAAACAUUUCGUUCCUUCGAUGAUUUCAAGUGUACGAAAUUCGCCGCAGGAAAUAAACCAUGUUUGAUAUUUCAUGGUGAAUUGUUCGAUAACGAAGCUGAUUACAAACGCUUGAAAUGUUUCUUUAUCGAUUUCUUUCGUGGUGAAACUCAUAUGAAAGAAAUUGAUCUGAACGGACUUGAACAUGUGAUCACAUUCACAGUCGAUAGUCAAACAAAAGUUAUAUCAAUACGUGUUUAUCGUAUCGAAUUGAAGAAAUCCGGUCAUCGAAUUCCUCGAAUUGAAUUGGAAGAAGUUGGUCCACAUUUGGAUUUAACAAUUCGUCGAACGAAAUUAGCAUCGGACGACUUUUACAAGAAAACAUUGAAACAACCCGAUGCCAUCAAGGCGAAGAAAGUGAAGAAUGUAACAACCAAUGAAUUAGGAACGAAGAUGGGUCGUAUUCAUAUGGAAAAACAGGACUUCAACCAAUUACAAACAAGAAAAAUGAAAGGAUUGAAACGUCGAGCACCUACGGGUGAAAAUAACGAAGAAUCGUCUAAAAAACGAAAAGAAAUUGAUUCGAAUUAA